AUGAGUUGUUUAAGAGCAGUGAAUUUAUUCUGGCUGACUUUGUUAUUACUCGUAUUAGUUAUAACACCAAAGCCGGCUCUAUCGAAGUAUAUUAGAACAAAAGUAGUUAUCUUGGGGGCUGGUGCAGCAGGCAUAUCUGCUGCAAAAUCAUUAUCCGAAGCAAAGGUAGAGGAUUUUGUAAUUCUUGAUGCACAACCCUUUAUAGGAGGUCGAGUACAGCAUCAAAAAUUUGGCAAUAGCUAUGUUGAGUUGGGAGCCAAUUGGAUAUACGGUAAAGGAGAUAAUCCAGUUUAUAAAUUGGCAGUCAAGCAUGGGUUAAAAUACACGCCUAAUGAUAAAGCAAACGUGGUCUAUUUCGAUGAUAAUGGAGGCAUACUCAGGAACCAAAGCAUUGGUGAACAAGUGAGCAACGAAUUUGAAGCGGUAAAAGUACGGCUCGUAGAGUAUGCAGAACAGAGAAUGCGGCAUCGACAAGUCGAUCUUUCGAGUAGAUCUGCACUGAGUUUAUUAGGCUGGAACCCUGACACUCCUCUCAAAGCCGCUGUAGAAUACUUUAAUAUUGACUGGGAAUUUGCUGAGCCAGCAGAGAUGUGUUCUUUGGAUUAUGCAACGGGAAUGGAGGAUGCUAUUACUGGAUCCUAUCCUUUGGGCAAUGAGUUUGUAGUCGAUGAAAGAGGCUUUAACUAUAUUUUGAAGCAAGAAUCAAACACGUUCCUUAAACCACUUGAUCCGCGAUUGAUGCUCAACACAAAAGUCACCAAAGUCUUAUAUAAUCAUCGCAGUGUCACUGUUCAAACUGAGAGCAAUGACAUCAUAGAAGCAGACUAUGCGAUUUGCACUUUUUCUUUAGGUGUGUUACAAAGCGAUGAUGUGGAAUUUGAACCUUCUUUUCCGGAAUGGAAACGGGAAGCUUUAUUAAGUUUUCACAUGACCACUUACACAAAAAUAUUUUUAAAGUUUGACCAUAGAUUCUGGGGGGAUUGGCAGUUCGCCUUGUAUGCCAACAAUGUAUCUCAUCAUGGAGGCUAUUAUACUGUUUGGCAAAAUCUCAAUGCACCGGGCUACUUAUUCCAACCUACUGCUACGGGUGACAAUAUACUUAUGGUAACCACCACAGAUAAAGAAUCCCACAGAAUUGAACGUAUGACAGAUGCUCAGGUUCAAAAAGAAAUCAUGCAGGUGCUUCAACAAAUGUUUUCAACGAACGCUGAUCAUCACAAUGGUAGUCCAACAAGCAUCAUUGUUGAGCCUCCGACUCAUAUUCUGAUCCCACGCUGGCAUCAACAUCCACUUUUCCGCGGCUCUUACUCAAACUGGCCAAUAGGGGCAUCGAGAAGACACCAUAAGAAUAUGCGUGCACCGUUACAUAAUACCUUAUGGUUUGCAGGCGAAGCCAUGUCUGCUGAAUAUUAUGGCUAUUUACAUGGAGCCUGGUUGGAAGGAGACUCGGUUGCGAAGAGCUUAAUACAGUGUAUCAAUAGUACCUGCCCUUAUUACGAAACGUACCCUUAUAUCACAGGUUGCGACGAAUACAAAGAACCUCGCUUCAUCCACCAAUUCACUCUUUGA